AUGGUGCUAUCUGCAGCCACUUCGAAGAAUACCGUCUUUUUGGCCAUCACCACCCUGAUCCUAUUCGUGUGUUUCAUCGCAGUCGCCGCUACUGUUGGCUUCCGGCAUGAGAGCGAGGCCUACACCAAUGGCUUGAUAGUGGUAGCCAUGGUGAUGGUGCUCCAGUACCUCAUCUUCGAUCCCAUCAAGUUCAUCAUACUGGCCUUCGACCAUGCUGUUUGGCCCCAGGACGAUGCCAUCUACCAUGUGUCGAAGAGCUCGGUGACCCAGUCCCGCUUCGACGGUCUGAAGAUGCGACUGAGCAGCUUCAAAUCCGAGCUGCUCAUCACCGAAGAGCACCGGAACGAGAAGCUGAAUGAGAAGUACGGCCGGAUUGCCAAGGAACUCGUUCUCUAUGGCAGCUACUUCUUCAGCCUGCUCCUGAUAGUGGUAGUCCAUGUGGAUCAGCAGCUCUACUAUAAUACGAAUAUCAUGUACCAGCUCUUUAAUUUCAAUACCAAGCACACCAUGGGCCUGUCGAAAAUUUUUUUCCAGUACGAGGUGUUUCCCUAUAUUGAAAAAACCUUGAUUGAAAGCUUCUAUUUGAACAAUGGGAAUUGGUGGGCCAUGGAUCAGGCUCAGCUCAUGGGAGUGGUGCGUCUGCGGCAGAUGCGUCUCAGGACUAACCAUAUCGGCCUGGACGAUCCGAAAUGGGACAGUGGGGACUAUCUGCCCGAAUGGACUCUGCCCUACCAGCGGCUCCACUAUAAGGACAAAUUUUGGCGCAUCUAUGAUCCCUUUCUGCACCUCCCCUCGGAAUCCAGUUUCCUGAACAGCGUCCUGCUCAACUUCAAUCACUACGGAGCUGUGCAUGUGUACCCGGAGAGCGGCGGCUAUUGCAGCUACCUGAUGGCCAAGAAGAUAAACUCCCUGAAGGUGCUCGAGUACCUUCGCUCCUACAGCUGGAUGGGAGUCAACACCUCGGCUUUGUUCCUGGACUUUACCCUUUACAGUGCGGAUGCGAAUGUGUUCUCGGUCGUCACUCUCCGGGUGGAGAACUCCAUGUUCGGCUUGCAGUGCACCAACACGGAUGUGGAGAGCGUGAGGCUGAUACAGUCGGCGGCACAAAAGAGCACCGUAUCGCUAUUCGUCAUGUCACUCUAUGUAAUCCUGAUGAUUCAGUUCAUGCGCAGCCUGUUGGUAAAGCUCUGGUUCGACCCGAAGGUAAUUAUGGAGAUUUGGAACAUGGUGGAUCUGUUUAUCUGCGUGAUGAACGUCGUUUUGGUGAUCCUGAAGACCUUACUCGAGUGGGAGAAGAUCAUGCUGUGUGAUAAGAUCGAGAGGGCGACACGGGCGCAGUACCUUAACUUUCUGCGACCGAUGCGCGUGGACCAGCUCACCUCCAUUAUCUUGGGAUUCCUGGUGGCGGCCACCACGCUGCGUCUGUGGAAGGUCCUGCAGUUCGCCCGCGUCUUUCAGCACUUUACCCGCACUCUAUCCUCCGCCUGGCGGGCGACGGCCAGCCUCGGUCUGGCCAUUGUCAUCCUUCUGACGGCCAUCGGGGUGGCUUCUUCGGUGCCCAAUGGCUCCAACGCCAUACUCUUCCGACACUUUUACCGAGCCAUUAUUACCUGUUUUUGGUACUCCAUGGGCUUUAAUGGAGGCAUGGUGCCCUCUGAGCUCUUUUACGGCGGCAUGUGGCUGGGACUUUGUUUCUACUUGUUCCUGGUCUUCAUCGUGGCCAUCGUCAUGAUGAACGUGUUUGCCUCUCUGAUCUACGAUUACUUCAAGGAAUCCGGUCAGGAGCUCAAGGAGCAUGAUACCCGGUGCAUCUCCUUUUUCGCGUAUCUCAGUAUCGAGUUCGCCGAUGUGAAGAACCGCUUCUUUGGUUGGUUCGGCUGCUGCCGGAAUAAGUACCAGGGAAAAGGAUACACCGUUGCCGAAAACGUCAGGUAUUGGUCGUCGAAACGGGUGGUAAAGCACUAUCACCACCAAAAGGAGCAUGUCAGGGUCUACGACCGCGUCAGAGAGGGACCAAGCGAAACGUAUCGACAGGAGGACUACCAUCGGAAGGUAAGGAGGAUGUUCAAGGUCGCAGAUAUUCUGAUGCUACAGCUCGAAAUCCUGAAGCGACGACUUGUCGGCGACGAGAACGGUAACCUAUCCUCUACAGAUGGCUCCGAUUCGGAUCCCGAGGAUAUGCCAGAAUUGUAUAAAAAUAGAAAGUCUAAAAAAAAAUAA